AUGGACAAAGCGGCAUUACUUAACUCAGAUACUGUUGCUGUAACAUGGGGAAAGGUUGUUCUGGGUCCUGCCGUUCGUAUUCUUCCCACUCUCAUAUCUAUUAGUGCACUGGGUACUUGCAAUGGGUCUCUGUUUAUGAGUGGUCGCUAUUGUAUGGUUGGUGCUCGUUAUGGUUAUCUACCAGAAGUAUUUUCUUGCAUUCAAAAACAACGAUUGACACCGUUACCUGCAAUUGUUCUUGAGGUUGAAGCAGUAUAUACAUAA